CGAUGGAGGCUUCCUGCCCUUUCUGAUAAAGUGGUCGCGCUGUUUUGCUCUCGCAAUUAAGGCAGUAGUUGGGUAGAUGGAAAAUUGAUUGAUCGACGAGCACAAGAGUCAAUGCUAUCUCAAUCUCGAUUGUCUAAUUUCCAAAGAUGAAUGGAUCCAAGCAAUGGCCACAAUUUAACAGGGUACGACUUGUUCACUUGUACACCAGCUCGAGAGGAGAUUUCUUCAAUGUCCAUCGUAAUCACGUCCAAUUCAAACUUCUAUCCAGAGAUGAGCGAGUGAACUGUUUCAGAAAGAAACGAAAAUUUGAUUAGGCAGGUAGGAUGGUUUUAGGUGAUCCCCGAGAAAAUUAAAGCUGAAGGGCAUCGGCUACAUAUAUGGAAUCAAAUUAAUUAGCUGGCCGAAGAAAUGAAUGCCGUAGCUAGCUUCGAUUCUAUGUUUAUUAUACUGCGCGCAUAAUCUAGUGCUGAGAAUCCGAGUCGCUACGUCGGCGUCGAUCGCCGGUUGUCGACGAUGGCAGCUGGCUCCCGCGAUCGCAACGGCAAUCGCCAUGUAGUCGCCUGCGACGACUUUAGUCCUUCGUUCCGCGUUGAGGUCAAUCUUUCCCUGUUUGUGUCGGGCAACCCGCCGUUCCAAUUCGUCCUCGCCUUCCGUGAUCUCUCCUACGCCGUCCCCCAGUCCGGCCGGGUUUCGUGCCAUCGAAUCGCGGCGGCGGACCCAGAGCAACCUCUUCCCGAGAAGAGAAUGCUUUUGGACUCUAUCACCGGCGAGGUGAGGACGGGGGAGGUCUUCGCCGUGCUCGGAGCCAGCGGCUCCGGUAAGUCCACCUUCAUCGACGCCCUCGCGAACCGCAUCGAGCGGACCAGCCUCGGAGGCAGCAUCACGCUCAACGGGGAGGCCUCCGACGGCCAGUUGCUUAGGGUGAUCUCCGCGUACGUGAUGCAGGACGACCUCCUGUUCCCUAUGCUCACCGUGGAGGAGACGUUGUUGUUCGCCGCCGAGCUCCGGCUGCCUCGGUCGGUCACCGCGACGAAGAAGAGGGAGCGUGUGCAAGCGCUCAUCGACCAACUCGGGUUAAGGUCGGCAGCCAAGACGAUCGUCGGCGACGAAGGCCACCGCGGAGUGUCGGGCGGUGAGCGCCGGCGGGUGUCGAUAGGCACCGACAUCAUCCACGAUCCCGUCAUCCUCUUCCUGGACGAACCCACGUCAGGGCUCGACUCCACGAGCGCCUUCAUGGUGGUCAAAGUGCUCCAGAAGAUUGCGCGCAGCGGGAGCAUAGUGGUCAUGUCGGUGCAUCAGCCGAGCUAUAGGAUUCUCACCCUCCUCGACCGCCUCCUCUUGCUCUGCCGCGGCCAGACGGUCUACAGCGGGCCGCCGCAAGAUCUCUCCGCCUUCUUCCAGCAGUUCGGCCGUCCGAUCCCUGAGGGACAAAACCCGACCGAAUUCGCCCUGGAUCUCGUUCGAGAGCUCCAGGGCAAUGAAGCCGACGGCGCCGCCGCCCUCGUCGAGUUCAACAGGCGCUGGCAAACCCGUGUGCCGACCACUGCCGAUGAAGACCCAUUAAUGUCUCUGAGAGAAGCCAUGAACAGUAGCAUCGAGCGCGGCAGGCUCUUCGGCAGCACAAGGAUCACCGUCGACGACGGAGACAUCACUCCCCUGAUUUCGUCGCUGCACAAGUUCGCGAACCCGCCUUGGAAGGAGGUGUUGGUCCUGUCUAAGAGAGCCUUCACCAACAUGAAGCGGAUGCCGGAGAUCUUCGCGUUCCGCCUAGCCACCGUGAUCGUCUCCGCCUUCGUCCUCGGCACUAUCUUCUGGCGGCUGGGUAACACGCCUAGGGACGUGACGGAGAGGCUUGGCUUCUUCGCCAUCGGCAUAACCACCGUCGUCUUCACCUGCGCCGACGCCCUGCCGGUCUUCAUUCAGGAGCGCUACAUCUUCAUGCGCGAGACCGCCUACAACACCUACCGCCGCUACUCCUACGUCCUCUGCAACGCCAUCGUCAGCUUCCCGUCGCAGAUCGUGCUCUCGGCCGCCUUCGCUUCCUUGACAUUCUUCACGGUCGGCCUCGCGGGCGGCGCCGAAGGGCUCCUCUUCUUCUUCCUCAUCGUGCUGGCCUCCUUCUGGGCCGGCAGCGGAUUCGUGACUUUCCUCUCCGGCAUCGUGUCGAGCGUGGUGCUCGGAUACUCCAUGGCGGCAGCGAUUCUAUCCUACUUCUUGCUCUUUAGCGGCUUCUUCAUCACCAGGGAUCGGAUACCGGAUUACUGGGUGUGGUUCCACUACCUCUCCGUGAUGAAGUACGCUUACGAAGCGGCGUUGCUCAACGAAUUCGGCGGCAACUCGGACAAGUGCUUCUCGAAGGGCGUGCAGAUAUUCGAAGGCACGUCUAUCGGCAGCUUGCCGAUGGAGGCGCAGCUGCGGGUACUGGGAGCGAUCGGCAACACGCUGCAGAUGAACUUGAGCAGUGAGAGCUGCAUCGUGAGAGGGCCGGACGUGCUGAAGCAGCAGAAGGUUAAUCAACUCAACAAGUGGGAGUGUCUGGUGGUGACGUUCGCCUGGGGCUUCGUCUUUAGAAUCCUUUUCUAUAUCAGCCUCUUGUUGGGCAGCAAGAACAAGAGAAGGUGAAAUUACGUCGACGCUGUAUUUCUCUCUUAUAUAUUUCGGUCAUUUUAAUUUGUUUGUUGAUUAAAUUUCGCAACCAAAGUAUAAUAAAUUGAGUGAACUUUGUGAACCAGGGAGAAAGGAUAGGGACUUCACGAU